UUGAAGCUCGGCUCAGUCGCCGAGUUGGAACUGGAGCUGAGGUUGUGCGGAGAAAGACGAGGUGCUCGCUGAGAUAAGAUAUGAUAAGGCUUUUGCCACUUCGCCACCUUCAAGUGCUUACCUGUGGUUGCACAGAGUCAGUUGGUGUGAAGACAAAGUGUUGCUAUUAGUGGGAUUUAGUGGCGAACGCGAAAACCAUUCUCUGUCCAGGUCGGAUUAGAUAAGCAGAAAAAAUGACUGCGAAUUCAAAUAAUCUCAACGUUGGGAUGCGCUGCAUCAAGUACAUGCUGUUUGUCAUCAACUUUAUGUUUGUCCUCACUUCGGUGCUCCUGAUCACCGUUGGAUUGACCAUUAAAACGAUCUUCAAUGAAUUCGACAUCUUCGUCGAUGACCACUUUAUGUCACCGCCCAGCCUUCUGGUGGCUAUUGGGUUCAUCCUCCUGGUCGUGGCCAUCUUCGGCUGCGUGGGAGCCGUUAAGGAAAGCACCCUCAUGAUUAACGUGUAUGGCGUGCUCUUGGCCGUCAUCUUCGUCCUAGAAGUUGCUGCUGCGAUCUCUGCGUUUGUCCUCCAAGGCCAGGUGGCUGACAUGCUCAUGCGCACCAUGUUCAAGUCUUUGGACAAGUACAAUGAGAACAACUACGUGCGUGAGGCCGUGGACUUCAUGCAAUCCGCUCUUCAGUGCUGCGGUGUGAAUGGACGCGAAGACUGGGAGGGCAUUCUGGCUCCGGUGAACACGACGGACAGCUCCAAAGAGAUCGUUCUGCCUGAAUCCUGCUGUGAGCUGCACUUCCCAGGCGAGCACGAGACAGAGUGCGCCUGGUUCACGGACGGCUGCUUCAACCAGAUGAACUUUGUGAUUUCCCAGAGCGCCAUGCUGAUUGCCACUGGAGCAACAACGGUCGCCUUUGUUCAGAUCCUCGGAGUAAUCUGUGCCUUCAUGCUGGCCAAGACCAUCCGGCGCACCAAGACGCAGAGAGCUCUUCGCCAAUGGCAACUGCAGCAGAGCCUGGGCAUCUACAACAAGCCCAUCAAUCACUACAAUCCGCCCUACCAGCAACUCAGUGACUCUGAGAAGCCCAAGAAGGACCCAGACGCGCAGGACUUUAUCUACCAACCCAACAGUCCCAGCGUGAACUGAGAGGAAGGAUUGUUUCUAUACCCUUUUAUCUGUUAUAUGUACACUUACUAUUAAUGUACCACAAAAUCCUGUGAAUAAUAUUGAAAUAAAUAUUGGAGUAGUUCUCUUGUCUCA